CGUUCUUCGGCACUUGAGGUUUCUAUUGAUCGAGGAAAGGGAUAGGUGAAUCUAGAGGACGCCUUGAAGGAGAUGAACAAAAAGAAAUUCUGGCUUUCUAAUGCCUGUAGAAGGAUUGGAGAAGAAUGACAGUCGAAGAGGAAAGAAGAACAAGAAGGCAAGAAAUAGAAAACGAAAAGCAGAGCAGAAAAAGUCUGACGAAAGGGAGAAAAUGGCAAUGGCUGGACAUCAACAGGCGGGAAUUAUAAAUGGAACAUCGGAUGCAUCAGACCAAUUUUCUGCUGAAGAAGAUGUAGCUUCUCUGGAUGAAGGCAUUGAGAGAUGUGCCAGGCUAUUGGCCAAUAUGGCAGAGCUUGGGGGUCUGAAGGAUACACCUAACUUGUUAUCCUGUCUAUUCAACCAGAGUCUUCCUUGCUCAACGAACAUCCUUCCUGAUAUGCAAAACCAGCCAAGGGCCUAUCUGCACCCUGAGAGAGGAGGUUCACCUCAUGCCUUUGAGAAGACGGUGCUGCCUUAUAUCAUCCCGCCACCACUCGUGUCUGUGACAAACACACGAGACUCACCAAUCGUGCCGAAUAUUUAUGCUGUGAUUGAAAGUAUGGGGUUGAGCAGCGAAUCAACAAGCCCCAAUCUUGGAUCUCAGAAAAUUGGAACGUCUGAUACAGCUCAGGAACUUGGGGCAGAAACAGUGGAUCUGCAGUCAGAUGAAUCAGACAGUAUUAGCUCAGUAGUGCAGUUGCUGAAUGGUGGAGUAAUGGAAGAGAAAGUGGAAAAUUGUCGCCAAGAGGAGCAAAUCCAGCGUGGGUGUGACUCAGCAUUUAUAUCGCAGGAUUUACAGGAAAAUGGAAUACAACCGCAACCUUCAAGUUACACAAACAAUGUUAUGCAAACCGGGGGUACUGAGUACUAUCAGUCGUACGAUCCACAGUCUCCCAACUGGAUUACUCCUACAUGUGAACAUCCUUAUUCUCAGCUGCCUGCACCAAUGCUAUCCUUCCAGAUGCCACUGUUGACCAGUCAGGCCCCACAGUCUUUCAUGUCCGGUGCUCCGUUCACUUCCUCUUUAGUAACUGUAGCUCAGACACCGGGAUCAUAUAGUCAUGACGUUCCAGCGCAUUUAACCAACCAGGGUGAUGCUUGCCACCUCAGGAAUCGGCCUAGUGCUGCUAGUCGACAGGGUCAGAGCCGUGCAGUUCAUGUGAGUGGAGCUAGUGGGAAUAAUACUGAAGCCAGCAUUUCUUUUCCUCAGCCGGUGUGCAGUAUCAAUUGCAGCAGCAAGGCUGAGCCCCAACCCAGCAUUAAGAAGUCACCAAAAAAACAGCUACCAGAAUCUCGCAAAGGAGAGUUUACCAACUGGCUUCAAGAUGAGAAACCAAAGUCUGUAGCAUGUGCUACCGGUGCCACACCAAAGCAAGUGAAAGGUGCUUCUAUGAGCAAUAGUCCAAAUUUUUCUGAUCAAGCAGGGAAACCAUACAAUGGGAUUCCAAUGAAGAGUAGCAUUGAUGUAACGAAUAAGAUCUAUAAUCUACCAAACAUUGAUGAUUCUCCGAUCAGUGGCCCACUGCUGCAGUCUGGCCCUUCUCCCAAUAAUAAUAGGCCCAUGAUGCAAGAAGAAAGGAAUGAUCCAAGUGGCGGGAGAGAUGCUGUGAAAAUGCUGAUGAAGUGCACGGAAGAUCUCAAGCUAAUGCUUGGGAAUCGAGGUGACAGACGUGCUGUUCAACUCGUGCAGGAGCUGGAGAUGGCAGUGGGCAGACUACCAGUUGUGAUGGAGCACCGUGAUGUACAAACACAGAUAGAUAUGGCCUUGCAGCCACUGAGGAGUGAAAACUGCCAACUAAAGAGGAGAAUUCGGAUAAUCAACCAGCAGCUGAGAGAGCGUGAGCGAGCGGAGAGGUCACAUCAUAACUUCGACACAACUUUUGAAAUGGAACUGGAAGCUUUGAAUGUACGGCUACAGAUAGAUCUAGAAGAGGAAAAGCAGCAGAACCAGUUUCUGCAAUCAACCGUUGAAGAUCUACAGAGGGAGUUGCGUGAGCUCGAUAUUGACAAUCAAAAGCUAAAGGAAGACCUUGAGAUGAGUAGCAACAGUGUAGACCUGGCGAGGCUGCAGUCAGAACUGAGCGAGGUGAUGAUGAAGACGGAUGCAACCCGCAUUCGCUUCCAGGCUCUGCAGGAACAGAAUGACCUGCUGCGAACCAGAAUGAAGAGGAAAGACGUAGAAGUCACUCGUAUGCAGGUCUACAAGUGGGAAAUAGAGUACACCUUAUCUGAGCUAUUGAAAGAAAUAGAGUGCAAUGGUGCAAGUUCCUUGGAAAAACUGUACACAAUAAUAAAGGCGCAAUUUGAAAACAGCGCUGCAACCGGUGGAAUUAAUGGCUACAGCAAGGCUCAGGAUCUGUGUACUGAGCCGGGUCAUGCAAGCGAGAUAGACCCACCGAGGACGAGCAGCGAGCACCGUCCCAGUCAUCGCCUUCCCAACGAGCCACCCAGCGGAAUGACCAGCCGCGCGGCCGCUGCUGCCGACGGCUGCGACGAUGCGCCUGCACAGUCCGCUACUCCCGCGGCAAGCCGCACCGCCAUUUACGGCGUCGACGCCCAGGUCAGUUGUUCCUCACCGAGCGAGCGCGGCGCUAGUUCUGCUGACGCGACGCUGACGUCUUUCGCUUCCUGGAAGCACGCUGUAAACGCUAGUGCUAACCAAAGUGAUGUAAUCAAUGGGGGAGGCGUCGGUAGCGACGAGACCGGCUGCGCGGACAAAGCUGCGAGCCUAGUCCGCGCGUUGGCGGAACCACUCGUUCCGAGCCUCAUUAGCGACGUUGUCAAUGAUAGUCUUUCAAGCGGUUCGCUGACCUUUCACUCGUUGAGAAUCUUGAACGGGCAGAUAGUCGAGGCGUCGGCGGGCGAGCGUGCUGCUGCGCGAGCGUUGCCCGGGCGCGAUCAGAGUGGCCCCGGCUCGUGUGCCGGUCUCUCGAAGAGUAACGCGGCGCAGGUAGGUUGCGCAUCCGUCGAGCAGAAGGGCGCGUGUCGCGACGAGCUGGACGAGAUGUUUGCCUCCUUGGUAGUCGACAAGAGCGUCAGCGGCAGGUCGUCUCAGGCUGAGUCGUCCGCUUCUCUCGGCGGCGGCGGUGCGCAGGACGGGGCGGGCGCGGCCGGCGUUCUGCCACCGGCCGCGAGCAGCAAGCGUCACAUUCUGCAGAAGUUCCUGUCGGACGUGCAGAGCAGGAGCGGGGGCGUGAGGAACGGCGAUGCCCAGCAGCUCACCAAGUGGCAAAGUUCGCCCGAUCUCAUCGGAUUGGCGGGCACCAACGGCACCUACCCAGCGGAGUCGGCCGAACCAGGAAGCCCCAUGCAGCGAUCCUGUAGCAUGCAGUAUGUCAACAAUAGCAAUGGCUUCUGUAACAGUAAGGUCGUCUCGGAGACCGUUUCGUCGCUGCGAUCUAGCGAUGAUAUGGAAUUCUGUAAGGGUCUAGAGGAGCUGGAUAGCCGUAUUGCUACCUUGGAGAAGUGCUUUCAGCAGUGUCAAACUGGCUCUAUGUGAUUUCUACCUGCUAAUCUUGAAGUCAAUGAAAAUGGUUACGAGGGUUGAUAAUCAGCUAACGAGAAACCGUUUGAAUUUUUGUAGCUUUUGUGUUCACUUCAGUUGCUUUUACUGAACAUCGUGUAGCGUCAGUAACUUGGCCUCUCACUGUUUAUUAUAUCCAAUGCUCUUCUAGUAUUACCUGAAGAACACAUUGACCAAUGUGUGAUUAGCGACACAUGUAAUACAUAUUAUGCGACGUGAAGUGGAAGAUGCUAUCAUGUAUAGCAUGGUAAACAUAUUAAUUGUCUCAUAUUAAUCCACUUUGUUUUCGUACAUUCCCAUCUGUAAUGGUCCUCCUGGGUUUGUUUGUCUCUAUUCGGUCGCUGUAGUAUCAUUGUCGGUCAGUGCUUCACUUGUUAUAAAUCAAAUUUUGAGAUAUUGUGUAGGGUAUCAGUGCAGAUGAUGCCUGGUUAGUCCUAUUUAAGUAUUGGAUACAUGCUCAAGUUGAUGUUAUAUCAUUACAUAACAUUAGCUCGUGUAUAGCCAAGAAACUGAUAUUCUGAGAUAUAUGCCUGAGGAGGUCACAUACUUGGAUGUAUAUCACAUACUUGGAGGUCACACUCUCUAUGGUCACUUGCAGUACAUACACACACACACACACACACACACACACACAAACACACAUGUAGAGAUUGUGACGGGAUUACACAGCUGCAGCCGGUGCGGUGAUGAGAUUCUCGUUUACACUGCAUAUAUAGCCUUGACAUGAUUAAUUAAGCAACAGUGCUACCUAGACCUUUGCCACACUGCUGGUGUGAGUGUGUGUAUCACAGACAGCAGCGGGAGGCCAACACUACUACUUCGUCCAUUUUGUUUUUCGUUGUGUAGGUUCAGAGAUGCAUCGCAUUCUGUUUACAUCUCUGCUAUCUCCUUAACACCCCCAUGUUCGUUGCAAGUGCGUAGGAACAGCUGAAGGUAAAAUUUCUAUGGAAAUCAUCGUGGCGGGGAGAUGGGAGGUGGUUGGACGUCAUAAGGCUUAUUUGCAGUCGAUAAGUUGAGAGUGUUUCUGUAGCAUGCAUGGAGAAGUCGCUUUAUAUAUAUAUAUAUAUAUAUAUAUAUAUAUAUAUAUAUAUAUAUAGUAGAUUCAGAGGAUUGAGAAACAGCUGUAAAGGUGGAGGCAGUCCAGUCUGAAGUUUACUAGUCUUCUAUCGCAAUAAGGCGUGGGCCAUGCUUGUGAACAUUGUGCUGUGCGAAAUCACAACCAGCCAUCAGCAUGCAGUCUGUUUUAGUUCUCAGGAAGUUGGUCUUUCUAUAUUCAUUAUAUGCAGUAUAAGUACACGUGGCCUGUAUAAUGAUUUUGGCCUUGGCUCAUUUUGUAUAGUUUUUUUUUUGCGGGCUGUUAGAUAAAAAAAACUAGAUAAUGGGGAUGCAGAAGAAAUUGUUGAUUACAUAGAAUAUUAUAUUCAGGAAACAGUUCUGGUCUUAGAAAUCAGUGACUGUUAAUGCGCCUUUGUUAUCCUUGUCAUCAAGGGUCAAAAACUUCUAAAAUCUAAAACUAAAAAAAACUCAUCAUGAUACCCAACUCGUUUUUGUUUCUGCAACAGCCUGACGUGACUGUCUGUACACACUAUAUGAAGCCAUCCUUAAAAAAUUAUAUGUUUGCUGUCCUCCGACCGACCUACGAAAAUAGCCGCGGCCCAAAAGUUUUU